GGGUUUGGUUUUGGGUUUAUUUUUCUUGGGUUUUGAGAGUUGCGACUGAAGAACAUGGCGUUUCUCUUUUUCUUCUCUUUUUUUUCUUCUUUUUUUGCGUGCUUGCUCAAGGAGUGGGGGCUAUAAGACGUGAGAGAUAUUUGGUCACAUCAGUAUCAACAGGGCUGACAAUGAGCGAGGGAAAAGUCUAUUUGUCUCCACCGCUUUGAUUGCUUGUCUCUGUGCGUGGAAAUCCAACGCAAAGCUUGAGCGAGUGAGAGCCGAAAGAAUCGUCUCUUGAUUUUUACAGCUUUUGCUUUUGGUGUUUUUUCCUCGUAGUCUUCUUCUUCUUCUUUUUUCUUUUUUUUUAUUGUUUUUCUUUACUACCACCCUUGAAUUCUGAGAGUAGUUUUAAUUUUCACCAACAAUGCAGCGGUCAGCACGGCUCUCUGAUUGAUCUCAUCGCCAGAUUUCUCGUUUAGUCUCGUCUUUCCCGCGAGCUCUUUUUGCUGGUCUGUCAUCCUCAGCCUUGCUAUUUAUUUUACCUUUGAUUUCCCUUUGCCUAAAGACUCCAUCGCUGUGGUACUAGUGCACGCUCGCUGCUUGUUUUGGUGCUCUUGUUCUUUGCGUUUUUCUUUGCUGGCUGGCUGGCUGGUGCGUGCUUGCUUUUUCUGCUUUGGAUUUCUAGACUUGUACUGCCCUGUUGCUCCUCCAUAGCUGCUCGUAGUUUCUUAUCCACGUCUCCUCCCUCUUGAUUGUUCCUCGGUGGCCCUUCACGGGAGAGUCGUGGCAUUGUCUUGUUCACUCCAACCUCUUGGCCAUGCAUCCCUUUUUUCCCUUCACUUAUUUCUUCCGGAAGAGGUACUCUCACUCACUGUGGAAUGAAGUGUGUGUGCGACUUGGAAUUCUUCUUUAAAGUUGUUUUAUUUUGUUCUUCCUUUUUUUCUCUUUCUUUUGUGUUUGUUCGUUCCGGAGGGACUUAAAAACGCUCGCUCUCUUUUGCCUGCAAAGUUGUGAGAGGAAUCAUCCUUCGUCCGUGGGGAGGGGAAAGGAACUGACACCAGCAACUGUCUUUGCUGUGUAGGUGCUCGAAGAAGAAUUGGAGUUAUAGUCACACAAGUGGUAGUCGCUACUAAGUUUGAGGGGAGAAGGAGAUGAUCCGGGACGACGAGGUAGUGUUGCACAAGGAUAGUUUCAUGGAGCUCGAACAAGAGAAAGAGGAGGACGAAAGAGAGGAGGAGGAAGAACAAGGGAGGCUUACAACUUUCCCAGACGAAGUCUUGGAGAACGUCUUAAAGUUCGUCACGGGACACAAGGAUCGAAACGCCGUGUCCGUGGUUUGCAAGGCGUGGUACAAGGCCGAGGGGUGGAACCGAGAAGCAGUGUUCAUCGGGAAUUGCUACGCGGUGUCUCCAGACAUUCUCACCCGGAGGUUUCCACGGCUCAAGUCGAUGACUCUCAAGGGGAAGCCUCGCUUCGCCGACUUUAGCUUGGUUCCUCCAAACUGGGGGGCCUUCUUCCACCCCUGGAUGCCCGUCAUCGUGGAGAGCUACCCGUGGCUGGAAGCGCUCAGGCUCAAGCGCAUGACCGUGUCGGACGAGAGCCUCUUCAUGAUCUCGCAGUUGCUGCCAAACUUUCGAGCUCUCAACCUCGUCAACUGCGAUGGUUUUAGCACCGAGGGCAUUGCAGCCAUCACCAGCCACUGCAGGUACUUGCAAGAGCUAGACCUUCAGGAGUGCCUGGUAGACGACCGCGGUGGAGAGUGGCUAAGCUACUUCCCGGAGAGCUGCAACACGCUCGUCACUCUAAACUUCUCGUGCCUGGAGAGCGAUGUCAACUUUGAGUGCCUGGAGAAGCUCGUCUCGCGCUGCCGCUCCCUCAAGAAGCUCAAUCUCAACAAAGGCGUCACUCUGGAGCAGCUCCUGCGCCUCCUCGUCAAGGCCCCGCAGCUCACCGAUCUCGGCACCGGGACUUACUCGCAGAUGCAAAACUGGUCGCAGUACGUGGAGCUCCGCACCGCGCUCUCAAACUGCAAGGAUCUCCGCCACCUCUCGGGCUUCUGGAUGGUGGAGCCGAUCUUCAUCCCGCUGAUCUAUCCCCUGGCGCAGAACCUCCUGUCGCUCAACUUGAGCUACGCCACCAUCCGGGCCACCGAGUUUGCCAAGCUCAUCCAGCGCUGUCCCAAGCUCGAGACUCUCUGGGUUCUGGAUUCCGUCGAGGACCGGGGCUUGCAAACCGUGGGCGAGACCUGCAAGAACCUGGUGGAACUCCGCGUCUUCCCGACCGAUCACGGUGGCCAGGGCUCGGUGACCGAGGCUGGCCUGGUGGCCGUCUCGCAGGGCUGUCCAAACCUCUCCUCCGUGCUCUACUUCUGCAAGCAGUGCACAAACCAGGCCAUCGAGACCGUCGCCACCAAUUGCCCGAUGCUCACUCGCUUCCGCCUGUGCAUCAUCACCCCCCGGCAGCGGGACUACAUCACCGGCGAGACCAUGGACGAAGGCUUCGGCGCCAUCGUCAAGAACUGCAAGAACUUGUCCCGCCUCGCCGUCUCGGGCUGGCUCUCGGACAGGGCCUUCGAGUACAUCGGCCACUACGCCAAGAAGCUGGAGACGCUCUCGGUGGCCUUCGCCGGGGAGUCGGACGCGGCCAUGCAGCACGUACUCAGCGGCUGCCCGAGGCUCCGGAAGCUGGAGAUCCGCGACAGCCCGUUCGGAGACUCGGCGCUGCUCGCCGGGCUUCACCAGUACGAGUCCAUGAGGUUCUUGUGGAUGUCGGCUUGCAGGGUGAGCCUCGCCGGCUGCGGCUGGCUGGCGGGGGCGAUGCCCAGGCUCAACGUCGAGGUGAUCCGCGAGCAAGGUGACGCUGAAGGUGGCGAAGGUGGCGAGAAAGGUGGCGGAGAGCUUGUCAUGGAUUGCAGCGAGCCGGUUGAGAAGUUGUACGCGUACAGGACGCUGGCUGGGUGCCGAAGUGAUGCGCCCAGCUGGGUGAUCACUCUCUAACUCCGCCCAGGUUCUAAAAACUCUCUUCCUUUUAAUAAGAUGAAAUCAAGUUUUAGACUA